CACAAAUAAUUCAUAAUUACAAAAGCAGGAAAGUGAUAAAUAAUAACUUUUUUUUGAAAUAAAUUCACACCCUGUAUGGUUUUUUUAUUUAUCACUUUUUUAAUUUUGUAAUUAUAAAUUAUUUGUACAUUUGUUAUUAGAUUAUAUCAUUGGUCGGUAUGAAUGACCUAAUCUUGUCAGCAUGUACAUGAAUGGAUCAAAUUCCUUAUUCUUUUCUUUGUAGGUGAAAAGAAAACGCAGCAUCGUAAUCUAGGAUUGAUUCGAAACUUUGUGUGAAGGAUCAUCCAUCACAUAUAUAUAUAUAUAUAUAUUAUAUACUCACGACAGUAGCAUUAUUUAUGUAGAGUGGUCCAACUAUACUUUACUUACCAAUUAAGAAAAGAAUAAUUUUACUUCGAUUGGAUACCCACACUCCAAAGCGUACUAAUCACAGAACGUUAUUUACCCAAAAAACAAAAUCACAGAACGUUCGUAGGGUGCACCUUGAUGAGGCUCAUAAGUCAUAACCCAAUUGAUUGAGGGUAUGUCUCUCUCUCUCUCUCUCUGUAUAUAUAGAUAUAGACAUAUCUAGUUGGCCUGCUACCACAUCGAUAUAUCUCGAUCUGGUAGGAGGCAUGGCCCAUUCUAACCCUGUUGGUAGGAAUGAUGAUGAUGAUGAUGAUGAUGAUGAUGUUGAAUUAGAUAAGCGUAAUGCUUUGCUUUACAAUGCUCUAAUGAAAGAAGAGAGGAGCACUUUGGUUGAACUGUAUUGUCGACGGCGUGAACAAUAUCCAGAUGGUCCAUUGCACGUUCUAACCAUACACGGUGACACAGUGCUUCAUAUGGCAGCACCCACCGUGAAUGCUGACUUGGUAAUUCAAUUGCUGGAGAUGUUGGCUGAUGAUGAGUACUCCAAACUUACCCACCAAAAUGCAGUUGGAAACACAAUCCUACAUGAGGCCGCGGCCUUCGACAAGUUAGUCCCAGCAGCUAGGAGACUUCUAGAAAAGGCACCUUGGUUGCUAAGUAUGCACAACAAGUUUGGAGAAACAGCUCUUUUCAGUGCAGCCCGCUAUGGCCAAAUUGAGAUGUUCGCAUUUCUUCAUAUCAAAGUGCAGCUGCAGCUGGGUGAUCAAAAUAUUCAAAUUAGUGAAGCUGAGCGCAAGAAGUUUUAUCAUAAGCACAACAAUACCACUGUGCUUCACAUGGCUGUUAUCUUAGGACAUUUCGAUUUGGCCCUUACAAUUGCGAAGGAGUGCGUAUAUUUAGUUGCUGAAGAAGACGAACAUGGAAUGACUGCUCUUCAACAUCUUGCGUGUAAUUCAGCAGUAUUCAAGAUAAAGAAUGCAGGAUUUUUGAAGCAUUUUAUCUUCCACUAUGCAGGGGCUUGGACAGUGCCUUUGUGGGAAGCAAUUUGGAAGGAAAUGAUAAAAUAUGAAUCAGCUAAGCAACUUGCGAGGUUCUUAGUAAGAAAAGAUAAUACAUCUUGGAAGGAAACUUAUCCUUUCGAAGCUCCAACAAAUGAGACCCUAAACAAUGGAGGGCCAUCAAUAUCAUCAUCAGCUUCUUCCAAUAUUGAUGUAGAAGUACAGAUUUAUGGGGAGAAAAGCAAUAGUACACCAUUAUUUUUGGCAAUUAAAGCUGGGUGUGUGGAUAUUGUUGAGAUGAUACUCCAAUUGUACCCUCAGGCAGUUGAGCAUGUGGAUGCCAAUGGGUGUACCAUUUUACAUAUAGCUGUCAAGUUCCGCCAACUAUGGGUCUUUGAUGUGUUGCGUCAAGUGGGAAUUCCUUGGAGGAGGCUUAUUAUACAAAGAGAGAUUUGAAUACCAUUCUACAUAUGGUUGGAGAAGAUUUUAUGAUCGAAGUAGUACAAGGAAACCCUAUUGUCCAACUGCAAAGCGAUUUGUUCUUGUUUAAGAAAGUAAAGGAAAUUUGCACAUCGUGUUCAGUGGAUACAAGUUUGUAUCGCAACCGUGAAGGGAAGACUGCUAAAGAAACAUUUGUUAAGAAUAAGGAAGAUCUUCGGACUAAAGCUGUAGAAUGGACAAAGUUCAUUAUAGAAAGCAGCUCAUGGCUUGGUGUGUUUGUAGCCGCUGUUGCCUUCGCGGCUGUUUUCACACUACCAGGAGGUUUGCAUCAAGAAAACGGCUUCCCCAUGUUUCUCAACAAACCAUUCUUUCUCAUUUUUAUCAUCACCGAUGUCCUUUGCUUUUCAUUCUAUUGCAUUUCGUCGGCUUUGUUUAUCUCAAUCCUCAAUUUACCGUUUCGCUUCAAAGACUUCGAGCUCUCUAUUCCAGCAAGGCUUGUACUAGCUGUUAAAUUUAAUUUGUGGGGUGUCAAUGCUGGCAUUGGCAUUCGCCUCGACCAUCAUCCUCACAGUACAAAAGAUGGAGCAGUGGAAAAGGAUUGGCUUUUACACCAUCGGAUUCCUGCCCUAUACCAUCUUGUCAGUCAUAUUUGUGCAAGUCUAUUUAUAUUUUUGGCGAGCGUUUUUGUCCGUCUUCAAAACUCCUGUUAAAGGACCUCAAUAUAGCGGCUUUUCUUUUCGAUCUUGCAUUGCACAUUAUUUUUUCUGCUUCCGUAAAUUUAUAACACCACCUCCCUCUAUCCCUACUCCAGUUCAAGAAACUACCCCUUCUGUUGUUUGAAAGACGCAUAAAUAUUCUCUCUAGAUUCGAAGUAACUCGUGUUGCAAUUAAAUUUCUUUUUACAUUGUCUAUUGAUUCUUUGUAUGGUUUUGAAUUUUUCAUUAUGUACCCAUUUGAUUAAGAAUGAUAUACAGUUUGCGUUACUUAUUUUAGCAGUCA